UUACUACCCAGGGUUGGCUUAGUUUUACUGGAUUCACUUGAGGGCUGUUCAUUCUCCUUCUUUGAAAGAGGAGCUGGUCUAAUGGUGGGGUUAUCAUCUCGACUCUGUAAUAACAUUCGUGCAAAUCUCGAUGACAGACAUUCGGAGUUUAUGGAACCAAUUGCAAUAAUAUUCUUUGGUCGUUGUUUAGAUUUUCCCGAACUUGAGCGAGAGUUGAGUGGACUGAGGAAUUCUUUCCAGAGCUCUGCCAUUAUAUUUGUUUAUGAAUCUAUUCUUCUCGAAAUACUGAAAAUAAAAUGAAAAUGGUAAAGAUAAAACGAAUUAACAUAAUGUUG